AUGGCUGGUCCCGGCGGCGGUCCCCCUCGUCGAAGCCACACCAAGUCUCGCAAGGGCUGUGACACUUGCAAGCGCCGGCACAUCCGAUGUGACGAGCUUCCCCAGUGCCGCAACUGCACCAAGCACAAGAUCCGAUGUCCCUACAACGACAUGCCCGUUCCGGAGAAUCGUGCUGCGAGCCCCGACAAGCCUGAUCUCAUGUGGACUCCUCAGAUUGAGGCCGACAUUGAGCAGUGGCAGAGGACGGGUGUCUUCCCUUUCCCCAACCUCAACAUCUACCCUGCUCCUUCUCCUCAGGCUUACAGCCUGGAGGAGUUGCGUCUCAUUCAUCAUGUCGCCUCCAUCUGCAGUGAACUCGACACGAUCGACGCCAACAACUUCACCAUCUGGACCCGUCAAAUGCCCAUCAUCCUCCAAGUCGGUGCUACCAACCGAUAUGUCAUGCACUCUUUGUUGGCCUUCUCUGCCAUGCACAUUGCCUUCCUCACGGAUUGCCCUCUCGUCGGCAACAUGGCUUAUGAGCACCGCGGUAUCGCCCUCAAGGGCCUGCAGGAGGCUAUCGGGUCCUUUUCUCGUGAGACGUCGGACGCUGUUCUCGCUGCUUCUCUCGUCCUUUCGUGGCAGGCCACGGAUUGGCGCAGCUGGACCCAGCUCAUGCAAGGAACCUCUUCGGUUAUUGAUGCUAUGGAGCCCUGGAAGCACGAAUCCAGGUUCGGCGAUUUCAUCGCUGAGAGCAGCACCUUCCCAACCGCUCCUCCAUCGCCCACUCCUGACCACAAGCCUAACCAGCCAAGCAAGGAAGACAUUGAUGCGUACCAGCGAACUCUGCAGCAACUCCAAAAGGUUGAGACGUACCUCAAGCAAGGCAAGCACGACUUCAAGUCGAUCCAGCAGCUCAUCACCUUCCUCAAGGGCUCUCGCAAGGUCAGCCCUACUCUCUCCGUCGCCCAGCAGUUUGAGAGGCUGCGACCCUUGAGGACGUGGUUGUUUUGGCUUCCGGUGAAGUACCUCCAGGAUUCGCGCGGGUCGGCUACCUCGCUUGUGACCAUUGCCCACUACUACACAGUGGCUUUGCUCAUGGAGCGCCUCUUCCCCGAGAUUGGUGCUGCCUACUUUGGGAGCCUCACCCUCGGGCCGGUCGAGGACAUUGCCCGCGCACUGCUGGCCAUGACUAACGCCGACGACGGCUCCAAGGAGGCACAAACCCCACUGACGCUGAUGGAGUUCCCCAUCGAGACAGUCAACGAGUUCCGCUCCAGGAUGGGAUGGAUGCACCCGGCCCGUACGCCCUCGUUUCCUCAGUUCAACCCUCCCAACUUCUACCUGGACGAGGCCCCCGUUGCCAUCCCUCCUGUCUCGGGACCGUACCUGCCUUAUGGAAGCCCGGCCUUCAGCUACAGCACCGAGUCGCUUCCCAUGCUCACCACUGAGGCGGCCGGCGCCACGGCAACCAGUAGCGCGGCUGUGAGCCCGUUGAUGCUGUCGUCGUCGUCGUUCAACAACCAGCAGUAUCUGAACAUUCCCUCUCCAUCAUAUGCAGCUGGUGGUCUCAGCCCUGCCUCGUCCACCUUUGAGGGCUCCUUCACGUACAGCGAUACGGAGGACUACGGAACCUAUGAGUUCAACGCAAUGCCACCCGUCUACGGCGGAUCGAGCGGCAGCAAUCUUGGCGUCGGGUUUGUCACUCCCAUCUAUCAAGCCGUGUGGAUCUAA